AUGUCUCAGUCUACAUCUUCAGUGUUGUAUUCGGUUUUGAAUGCCCAUUUUGGGAGGCAUGCUGAUAGGCCAAAUAACAUCUGCAGUGGGGCAACUAAUGUGCUAAAGUGCCUCACGUUCCUUACUAAUACAUUAGGACAGCUUGAGGGAACUGGGAUAUUUAGCCAGGAGAUGAGAAUGGAUGUGAUGUCUGUCUUUCCAGUUUGUUUGCUUGUUGGUGGGGAAUUCGAUUUGGAGAUGAACUUUAUAAUCCAGGAUGCUGAGAGUAUAACAUGCAUGUCAGAGCUUUUGGAGCAUUGUGAUGUAACAUGUCAAGCAGAAAUUUGGAGCAUGUUUACUGCCAUUCUACGAAAAAGCGUCCGUAAUUUGCAGACCAGCACUGAAGUUGGCUUAAUUGAGCAAGUAUUGCUGAAAAUGAGUACUGUAGAUGACAUGAUUGCAGAUCUCCUAGUUGAUAUGUUGGGGGUUCUUGCAAGCUACAGCAUCACUGUCAAGGAGUUGAAGCUUUUGUUCAGCAUGCUUCGAGGAGAAAGUGGAAUCUGGCCAAGACAUGCAGUUAAAUUAUUGUCAGUCCUUAAUCAGAUGCCACAGAGACAUGGGCCUGAUACUUUUUUCAAUUUCCCUGGCUGUAGUGCUGCAGCAAUUGCAUUGCCUCCUAUAGCAAAGUGGCCUUAUCAAAAUGGGUUUACACUCAAUACUUGGUUUCGUAUGGAUCCCUUAAAUAACAUCAAUGUUGAUAAGGAUAAACCUUAUCUCUAUUGUUUUCGUACUAGCAAAGGUGUUGGUUAUUCUGCUCAUUUUGUUGGCAACUGUUUAAUAGUUACUUCACUGAAGUCAAAGGGCAAAGGUUUUCAACACUGUGUGAAAUAUGAUUUUCAACCACGAAAGUGGUAUAUGAUCAGCAUUGUUCAUAUCUACAAUCGUUGGAGAAAUAGUGAAAUACGAUGUUAUGUUAAUGGUCAGCUGGUUUCAUAUGGUGAUAUGGCCUGGCAUGUUAAUACAAAUGAUAGCUAUGAUAAGUGCUUUCUUGGAUCUUCAGAAACCGCUGAUGCAAAUAGAGUAUUCUGUGGUCAGCUUGGUGCAGUUUAUGUGUUCAGUGAAGCGCUCAACCCAGCACAGAUAUUUGCAAUACAUCAGUUAGGACCUGGAUAUAAGAGCACUUUCAAAUUUAAAUCUGAGAGUGAUAUUCACCUUGCUGAGCAUCAUAAACAGGUUCUAUAUGAUGGGAAACUUGCAAGUAGUAUUGCCUUUACAUAUAAUGCUAAGGCUACUGAUGCUCAGCUAUGCCUAGAAUCAUCACCCAAAGAAAAUGCAUCUAUUUUUGUACACUCCCCACAUGCUCUCAUGCUCCAGGAUGUGAAAGCUAUAGUAACACACUCAAUUCACAGUGCAAUUCACUCAAUUGGAGGUAUUCAAGUACUUUUCCCUCUUUUUGCACAACUGGAUAAUCGUCAGCUCAAUGACAGUCAAAUGGAAACAACAGUCUGUGCGACUCUUUUGGCAUUCCUCGUUGAAUUGCUGAAGAGUUCAGUGGCCAUGCAAGAACAGAUGCUGGGUGGAAAAGGCUUUCUAGUCAUUGGUUACCUACUUGAGAAGUCAUCCAGAGUUCACAUAACCAGAGCGGUUCUGGAACAAUUUUUGUCCUUUGCAAAGUAUCUUGAUGGUUUGUCUCAUGGAGCACCAUUAUUGAAGCAGCUUUGUGAUCACAUCCUUUUCAACCCAGCCAUCUGGAUACAUACCCCUGCAAAGGUUCAACUUUCUUUGUAUACCUAUUUAUCUGCUGAAUUUAUUGGAACUGCUACCAUCUACACUACCAUACGCAGAGUUGGAACAGUAUUACAGCUAAUGCACACAUUGAAAUAUUACUAUUGGGUUAUUAAUCCUGCUGAUAGCAGUGGCAUUAUUCCUAAAGGAUUAGAUGGUCCCCGACCCUCACAAAAAGAAAUUAUAUCAUUACGGGCAUUUAUGCUGCUUUUUUUGAAGCAGCUUAUAUUAAAGGAUCGAGGUGUCAAGGAAGAUGAACUUCAGAGUAUACUAAAUUAUUUAUUAACAAUGCAUGAGGAUGAAAACAUACAUGAUGUUUUGCAGUUAUUGGUGGCUUUGAUGUCAGAACACCCAGCCUCAAUGAUACCUGCCUUUGAUCAAAGAAAUGGGAUACGAGUGAUCUACAAAUUAUUGGCUUCCAAAAGUGAAAGUAUUUGGGUUCAGGCUCUGAAAGUAUUGGGAUACUUUCUCAAGCACUUGGGUCACAAGAGAAAAGUUGAAAUUAUGCACACCCACAGUCUUUUUACUCUUCUUGGAGAGAGGUUGAUGCUGCAUACAAAUACUGUGACUGUUACUACAUACAACACACUUUAUGAGAUUUUGACAGAGCAAGUGUGCACUCAGGUUGUACAUAAGCCACAUCCAGAGCCAGAUUCUACAGUGAAAAUUCAGAAUCCAAUGAUUCUUAAAGUUGUGGCAACAUUGUUAAAAAACUCUACACCAAGUGCAGAAUUAAUGGAAGUCCGCCGUUUAUUUUUAUCUGACAUGAUAAAGCUUUUCAGCAAUAGCCGUGAAAACAGGAGAUGUUUACUUCAGUGUUCAGUGUGGCAGGACUGGAUGUUUUCUCUUGGCUAUAUUAAUCCAAAAAAUUCUGAAGAACAGAAGAUUACAGAAAUGGUGUACAAUAUUUUUCGGAUCCUUUUAUAUCAUGCAAUAAAGUAUGAAUGGGGUGGCUGGAGAGUCUGGGUGGAUACACUCUCAAUAGCCCAUUCAAAGGUCACCUAUGAAGCUCACAAGGAAUAUCUAGCCAAAAUGUAUGAAGAAUAUCAAAGACAAGAGGAGGAAAACAUUAAAAAGGGAAAGAAAGGGAAUGUGAGCACUAUAUCAGGUCUCUCAUCUCAGGCAACUGGGGCCAAAGGUGGAAUGGAAAUCAGAGAAAUAGAAGAUCUUUCACAAAGUCAAAGCCCAGAAAGUGAAACUGAUUACCCUGUCAGCACAGAUGCCAGGGACUUGCUCAUGGCAACAAAAGUAUCAGAUGAUGUUCUGGGAAAUUCAGAUAGACCAGGACGUGGUGUACAUGUGGAGGUACAUGAUCUUUUAGUGGAUAUAAAAGCAGAGAAAGUGGAAGCAACAGAAGUAAAGCUUGAUGAUAUGGAUUUGUCACCUGAGACUUUAGUUACUGGAGAAAAUGGUGCACUUGUGGAGGUUGAAUCUUUGUUGGAUAACGUAUAUAGUGCUGCUGUUGAGAAACUUCAAAACAAUGUCCAUGGAAGUGUUGGCAUCAUUAAAAAGAGUGAAGAAAAGGAUAAUGGCCCAUUGAUAACAUUGGCUGAUGAGAAGGAUGAACCUACCAAUAAUAGUACCUCAUUUAUUUUUGACAAAAUUCCUAGCCAAGAAGAGAAACUAAUUCCUGAGCUCUCUAGUAAUCAUAUUAUUCCAAAUGUGCAGGAAACUCAAGUACACCUUAGUGUUAGUGAUGAUCUUGGAUUGCUUGCUCAUAUGACUAGUAGUGUUGACUUAACUUGUACAUCAAGCAUAAUAGAAGAAAAAGAAUUCAAAAUUCAUACAACUUCAGAUAGAAUGAGUAGCAUUUCUGAAAGGGAAUUAGCUUCAUCCUCUAAAGGUUUAGAAUAUGCUGAGAUGACUGCUACAACACUUGAAACAGAAUCUUCUGGUAGUAAAAUUGUGCCUAAUAUUGAUGCAGGAAGCAUAAUUUCAGAUACUGAAAGAUCUGAUGAUGGUAAAGAAGCAGGAAAGGAAAUCAGGAAGAUCCAGACUACUACUACAACUCAAGCGGUUCAGGGACGGUCUAUCACUCAACAAGACAGAGAUCUCAGAGUUGAUUUAGGAUUUCGAGGAAUGCCAAUGACUGAGGAACAGCGACGUCAGUUUAGUCCAGGUCCACGCACAACGAUGUUUCGGAUUCCUGAGUUUAAAUGGUCUCCAAUGCACCAGAGGCUUCUCACGGACUUGCUAUUUGCUUUAGAAACAGAUGUACAUGUUUGGAGGAGCCAUUCCACAAAGUCUGUAAUGGAUUUUGUCAAUAGCAAUGAAAAUAUUAUUUUUGUACACAACACAAUUCACCUCAUUUCUCAGAUGGUAGACAACAUCAUCAUUGCUUGUGGAGGAAUUUUACCUUUGCUCUCUGCUGCUACAUCUCCAACUGGUUCUAAGACGGAAUUGGAAAAUAUUGAAGUGACACAAGGCAUGUCAGCUGAGACAGCAGUGACUUUCCUCAGCAGACUGAUGGCUAUGGUUGAUGUCCUGGUGUUUGCCAGCUCUCUAAAUUUUAGUGAGAUUGAAGCUGAAAAGAACAUGUCUUCUGGAGGUUUAAUGCGACAGUGUCUGAGGCUUGUUUGCUGUGUUGCUGUGAGAAACUGCUUAGAAUGUCGACAGAGGCAGAGGGAAAGGGUGAACAAAUCUUCUCUUAUUAGCAGUAAACCUCAAGAAGCUCCCCAAAGUGUGACUGCAGCAGCAACUUCAAAGACUCCACUUGAAAGUGUUCCUGGUAAUCUUUCUCCCAUCAAAGAUCCUGAUAGACUUCUUCAGGAUGUAGACAUUAAUCGUCUGCGGGCAGUUGUAUUUCGUGAUGUGGAUGAUAGCAAACAGGCUCAAUUCUUAGCUUUGGCUGUGGUUUACUUCAUUUCUGUUCUGAUGGUCUCCAAAUAUCGUGACAUACUAGAACCCCAACGAGAGACUGCACGAUCUGGAAGCCAGGCAGGUAGAAACAUGAGACAAGAAAUAAAUUCGCCAACAAGUACAGUUGUGGUCAUACCAUCUAUCCCUCAUCCAAGUUUGAACCAUGGAUUCCUUGCCAAGUUAAUUCCUGAGCAGAGCUUUGCCCACUCAUUUUACAAAGAAACUCCAGCUGCAUUUCAAGAGAACAUGAAAGAAAAAGAAACACCAACACCUGGUGAAGAGAUUCAGCUGGAAAGUUCAAUUCCUCAUACAGAUUCAGGAAUUGGAGAGGAGCAGAUACCUAGUAUCUUGAAUGGAGCAGAACUAGAGACUAGCGCAGGUCCUGAUGCCAUGAGUGAAUUAUUAUCUACUUUGUCUUCUGAGGUGAAAAAAUCACAAGAAAGUCUAACUGAGAGCCCUAACGAAAUGCUCAAGCCUGCACCAUCCAUAUCUAGCAUCAGCCAAACCAAAGGCAUUAAUGUCAAGGAAAUACUAAAGAGCCUUGUGGCUGCUCCAGUCGAAAUUCCAGAAUGUGGUCCUGACCCUGUCCCUUACCCAGAUCCUGCAUUGAAGAGAGAAGCCCAUGCUAUUCUUCCUAUGCAGUUUCAUUCCUUUGACAGGAGUGUUGUGGUGCCUGUGAAGAAGGCUCCUCCUGGUAGUCUGGCUGUUACCACUGUAGGAGCUGCUACUGCUGGAAGUGGGCUGCCUGCAGGCAGACCUAAUAUAUUUGCUGCUACUGGAGCUACACCAAAAAGUAUGAUUAAUACAACAGGUGCAGUGGAUUCAGGGUCAUCUUCAUCCUCAUCCUCCUCUAGUUUUGUGAAUGGUGCUACCAGCAAAAACCUUCCAGCUGUACAAACUGUGGCUCCAAUGCCAGAGGAUUCAGCUGAAAAUAUGAGCAUCACUGCAAAACUUGAAAGAGCUUUAGAAAAAGUUGCACCUCUUCUUCGUGAAAUAUUUGUAGACUUUGCCCCAUUCCUCUCUCGAACACUACUUGGUAGUCAUGGGCAAGAGCUGUUGAUUGAAGGCCUUGUGUGUAUGAAAUCCAGCACAUCUGUGGUUGAGCUUGUUAUGUUGCUUUGUUCCCAGGAAUGGCAAAAUUCGAUUCAGAAGAAUGCAGGACUUGCAUUUAUUGAGCUCAUCAAUGAAGGAAGAUUGUUGUGCCAUGCUAUGAAGGACCACAUAGUGCGUGUUGCCAAUGAAGCUGAGUUUAUUCUGAAUCGACAGAGGGCUGAGGAUGUGCACAAACAUGCAGAAUUUGAGUCACAGUGUGCCCAAUAUGCUGCUGACCGAAGAGAAGAAGAAAAGAUGUGUGACCAUCUUAUCAGUGCUGCUAAGCAUCGAGAUCAUGUCACAGCCAAUCAGCUCAAGCAAAAGAUUCUUAAUAUUCUUACAAACAAACAUGGGGCUUGGGGAGCUGUAUCUCAUAGCCAACUGCAUGAUUUCUGGCGCUUAGAUUAUUGGGAAGAUGACCUGCGUAGACGGAGAAGAUUUGUUCGCAAUGCAUUUGGUUCUACUCAUGCUGAAGCCUUGCUCAAAGCUGCUGCAGAAUAUGGCACUGAAGAAGAUGUACUCAAGUCAAAGAAAACAUUCAGAAGUCAAGCUGUGGUGAACCAGAAUGCAGAAACAGAGCUCAUGCUAGAAGGAGAUGAUGAUGCAGUCAGUUUACUACAGGAAAAAGAAAUUGACAACCUUGCAGGCCCCGUGGUCCUCAGCACGCCGGCUCAGCUCAUAGCCCCUGUGGUGGUGGCCAAGGGGACACUCUCCAUCACCACGACGGAAAUUUACUUUGAGGUCGAGGAAGAUGAUCCUGCCUUCAAGAAGAUCGACCCCAAAGUUCUUGCCUACACAGAGGGACUUCAUGGAAAAUGGAUGUUCAGCGAGAUUCGAGCUGUAUUUUCAAGACGUUAUCUUCUACAGAACACUGCUCUGGAAGUGUUUAUGGCAAACAGAACCUCAGUAAUGUUUAACUUUCCUGACCAAGCAACAGUAAAAAAAGUUGUAUACAGUUUGCCCCGGGUUGGUGUAGGAACCAGCUAUGGUUUGCCACAAGCCAGGAGAAUAUCCUUGGCCACUCCCCGACAGCUUUAUAAAUCUUCCAAUAUGACUCAGCGUUGGCAAAGACGAGAGAUCUCUAACUUUGAAUAUUUAAUGUUCCUUAAUACCAUAGCAGGACGAACAUACAACGAUCUGAACCAAUAUCCAGUAUUUCCAUGGGUAUUAACAAACUAUGAAUCAGAAGAAUUAGACCUGACUCUUCCAGGAAACUUCAGAGAUCUUUCAAAGCCAGUUGGUGCUUUGAAUCCCAAAAGAGCAGUUUUUUAUGCAGAGCGCUAUGAGACUUGGGAAGAUGAUCAGAGCCCACCCUGCCACUAUAGCACACACUAUUCAACAGCACCAUCUACACUAUCCUGGCUACUUCGAAUUGAACCUUUCACAACAUUCUUUCUUAAUGCAAAUGAUGGAAAAUUUGACCAUCCAGAUAGAACCUUCUCAUCAGUUGCAAGAUCUUGGAGAACAAGCCAAAGAGAUACAUCAGAUGUAAAGGAAUUAAUUCCAGAGUUCUACUACCUACCUGAAAUGUUUGUCAACAGUAAUGGAUAUAAUUUGGGAGUCAGAGAAGAUGAGGUUGUUGUAAAUGAUGUUGACCUUCCCCCAUGGGCAAAGAAACCUGAAGACUUUGUACGGAUCAACAGAAUGGCCCUAGAAAGUGAGUUUGUCUCCUGCCAGCUCCAUCAGUGGAUUGACCUUAUAUUUGGCUACAAACAGCGAGGACCAGAAGCAGUCCGUGCCCUGAAUGUUUUUCACUACCUAACAUAUGAAGGCUCUGUGAACCUGGAUAGUAUCACUGAUCCAGUGCUUAGGGAGAUUCCAGAGGCUUAUUUUGUUAGAGAUCCUCAUACUUUUCUUCUUACAAAGGAUUUUAUCCAGGCCAUGGAGGCACAGAUACAGAACUUUGGACAGACGCCAUCUCAGUUGCUUAUCGAGCCACAUCCACCGCGGAGCUCUGCCAUGCACCUGUGUUUCCUUCCACAGAGUCCACUCAUGUUUAAAGAUCAGAUGCAACAGGAUGUUAUAAUGGUGCUGAAAUUCCCGUCAAAUUCUCCAGUCACACAUGUGGCAGCCAACACUCUUCCACACCUUACCAUUCCUGCAGUGGUAACUGUGACUUGCAGCAGACUUUUUGCAGUGAAUAGAUGGCACAACACAGUAGGCCUCAGGGGAGCCCCAGGAUACUCCUUGGAUCAAGCCCAUCAUCUUCCCAUUGAAAUGGAUCCUUUAAUUGCAAAUAACUCUGGUGUGAACAAACGACAGAUCACCGACCUUGUGGAUCAGAGUAUACAGAUCAAUGCUCAUUGUUUUGUUGUCACAGCAGAUAAUCGCUACAUUCUUAUCUGUGGAUUCUGGGAUAAGAGUUUUAGAGUUUAUUCGACAGAAACAGGGAAAUUAACUCAGAUUGUAUUUGGCCAUUGGGAUGUAGUCACUUGUCUGGCCAGAUCUGAAUCCUACAUAGGAGGAGAUUGCUACAUUGUGUCUGGAUCUCGAGAUGCUACCCUUCUGCUCUGGUACUGGAGUGGAAGACAUCAUAUCAUAGGAGAUAACCCCAAUAGCAGUGAUUAUCCUGCUCCACGAGCUGUCCUUACAGGUCAUGACCAUGAAGUUGUCUGUGUGUCAGUCUGUGCAGAACUGGGACUUGUUAUCAGUGGUGCUAAAGAAGGCCCUUGCCUUGUACAUACAAUCACGGGAGAUUUGCUGAGAGCCCUAGAGGGACCAGAAAACUGCUUAUUUCCUAGAUUGAUUUCUGUGUCCAGUGAAGGCCACUGUAUCAUAUACUAUGAACGAGGACGGUUCAGUAAUUUCAGCAUUAACGGGAAACUUUUAGCUCAAAUGGAGAUCAAUGAUUCUACCAGGGCCAUCCUUCUGAGCAGUGAUGGACAGAACCUGGUCACUGGAGGAGACAAUGGAGUUGUGGAAGUAUGGCAGGCUUGUGACUUCAAACAGCUUUAUAUUUAUCCUGGAUGUGAUGCUGGCAUUAGGGCAAUGGAUUUGUCCCAUGAUCAAAGGACACUGAUAACUGGCAUGGCUUCUGGUAGCAUUGUAGCUUUUAAUAUAGAUUUUAAUCGAUGGCAUUAUGAGCAUCAAAACAGAUACUGAAGAUGGCUGGAGAACUGAAAUCUAAGUGAAAGCCGAGAGCACAAGUGCUACAAUGAAGGACGUUAUCUCUGGUGGAAAAACACGUCUCCAUUGGCCUCCGUUGUGCAUUCCAUUACACCCAGCAAUAGCUGUACAUUGUAGUAAGCAACCAUUUUACUUUGUGUGUUUUUUCACAACCGAACACCAGCUGCUACCAAGCAAGCUUGUAUCAUGUAAAUUAUAUGAAUUAGGAGAUGUUUUGGUAAUUAUUUCAUAUAUUGUUGUUUAUUGAGAAAAGGUUGUAGGACCGUCACAAGAGACUUUUGAAAAUUCUGAGGAACCUUGUGUCCAGUUGUUACAAUGCUUAUGCUAGGAACCUAAUCUACAUCCCAUUUCCAGCCUUUUUUCAAGCUGAGAAAAAAAAAUACGUUUGAUACUUUGUACAUCAGAUGCAUCUUAACUUUAAAGGGAUACUUUUGUAAAAGUAAAACCUUGUAUAAAGAACAAAACGUUUCUUAAUUUUAUUGUGGAGUUACAACUUGCAUGUACUUUAAACCCAACGUCUUGAUGGAACAGGUGCGUUCACACAAAUUAAACUGGAGAUUUGUCGAGGGCACAGCUUGUGUUAAAGGGUUGAAUUUGGACUCAAUCAGUAAUUUUUGACAUUCUCACAAAAACAUGGUUCACGCUUUUAAAUCUAAAUUCAUCCCUUCUAAGUGAAGUUUUGCUCAUAAAGCAUUUGGAUAUUGAUUCAUUAUUUGCCGUUUUAUACAAUGAAAAUUAAAUCCUUUCCUUCUUAAUUUGAAGACCAAGCAAAACGGGGGCUUAGGGAUAUGAUUCUGGUUUUCAUUGUAUAAGCAGGAGUCAUGCUUGUUCAGUUCCCUAGUACUUAUAUGACUCCCCCUCAUAACGUGUCAAGAGUGCUAUACUUCUGGAGUCAACCCAUUGGCUUAGUUUGGGGAUCAGAUAUUCACGUUUUUCUCUUUAUUUCUUCAAAUAGCUUGGUUUCUUUAAAAAAACAAGUUGGACUUCAUUGUAAUGAUUGAAUUUUUUUUUAAGUUAUUGAGAAAUUUUCUUCUAAAUCCACAUUCAACCUAAGGCAUUUCAUCUGUUAUGAUAUUAAACAAUGGCUAUCAUCAAAUUCUUUUCCAUACAUUGUACUGAUCAAGUUAUACACCCAGGGGUACAUACACCUUACUUCAUGUUUCUUCUUUGUAUAUUUGGUGACUGUAUUGUCAUAGAUGUACAUAUUGUGUCAGUAGGGCUAUGAGGCAUGUAACAGGAAUGUAAUUUUCUCAGAAUUUACACUCACAGUCAUUUAUUUAAAAGAUAAAAACAAGAUAAUGGAUUCUUUGUAUUGGCACUUUGCACCGGAAACAUAUCAUUAUUUAUUGCUGUGAUUACUUAUUUGUUCCCCACCUUGUAUUAGUAAGUUUUAGCACUGAAUUCCUUCUUCACUGUUGUUUGUAUUUAUGAGAUUCUGAAAUCAUGGGGAAUCAAAGUAAUGAUUAAGUUAUUCAUCACCAGUCUGUAAGCAAUAUUUGAGUUCUGUAGCUUAGAAUUGGGAGAAUACUGAACAUCUGGAAGACAAGUCCAUUUCAUCUUGAGACCAUGGUGAAAUAUUUUGGAUAUAUAAAUUCCUUAAGCUAUUGUAACCAUGUUUUAUUGCAAAGAUGUAAAAUAUGCCAGAUGUGUGUGAGUUGGAAAUCAAAAAAGAAAAAUAAAAUAUGCAAAGAAUUCA